AUGGCGACAGAUUUGAAGUCUUAUAAAUUCAAUCACUCGAUGAUUCGGGUGAAGGACCCCAAAGAGUCCGUGAAAUUCUACGAAUAUCUUGGCAUGAAGAUGAUUCGAAAGAUCGAGCAACCUGAAGCUAAAUUCGAUCUCUACUUUAUGGGUUACGAUUCCCCAAAGGCCCUUUCACAUGCCAACCAUUUUAGCGAUCGCGAGGGUUUGAUCGAGUUGACGCACAACUAUGGCACCGAAAACGAUCCCGAUUACAAAAUCACAAAUGGAAAUAGUGAACCUUUCAAGGGCUUCGGGCAUACAUGUAUCAGCGUCGACAACCUCCAGGCUGCUUGCCAGAGAAUUGAAGAUGCGGGCUACAAGUUUCAGAAGAAAUUGUCCGACGGGCGAAUGAGGCAUAUUGCUUUCGCACUGGAUCCUGACGGAUAUUGGGUUGAGAUUAUUGGCCAGAAUCCCAUGGAGAAAACUGAGGGCAUUACAACCAGCGACGUCCAAACAUACCGGAUGAACCACACGAUGAUCCGGAUCAAGGAUCCCGAAAAGUCUCUUAAGUUCUAUAAGGAGGUUAUGGGGAUGGAAUUAAUGCGAACGAGCGAGAACGCGAGCUCCAACUUCAACCUCUAUUUCCUCGGCUACCCUGGCGAGAAGGGCAUCCCGACUGCUUCAGCAGAUGGUGUUAACCCUCUCGCUGAUAGAGAGGGUCUUUUGGAGUUGACUUGGAAUUAUGGAACUGAAAAGGACGCGAGUUUCAAAUACCACAAUGGCAACGAUCAGCCGCAAGGCUUUGGGCAUAUUUGCGUUUCUGUUGAUGACCUGGACGCUGCAUGCAAGCGUUUUGAGGAGCUGGGGGUAAAUUGGAAGAAGAGGCUAACUGAUGGCCGCAUGAAGAACGUUGCGUUUGUCCUCGACCCGGAUAAUUACUGGAUUGAGGUCAUUCAGAAUGAGAAGCUGAAGGGCCGGGCCAACUGGUAG